CAAAAAUGAGCUGGAAUCAGAUGUCCUACAACAGAUUACACAGUAAACACGCGUGGAUAUGCAGAGUGCGAACUUUAAUUAGGUAGCCUAUUUGCACAAAAUAUAAACCUUUGGAUUAUGCGAUAAAAUAUCCCGCAGAGAACAAUUAUCUAUCACCCGAUUGAAUGCCUGAGCGAAUUCAGAGUGGGACCAGAGAAAGAGGGGAGUUUCUCAUACACUUUUAGCCGGAGGACUGCGGCUGGAAAGAGUCUCUCUGUUCUAUAGAAUGCUGGAGAGAUUCUGUGUAGCGCCCCCUUGUGUGGAGGAGGAAUGACGACGCCCCUUCGAUGAGAGCCAUGGAGCUGAAAGUGUGGGUGGAUGGAGUGCAGCGGAUCGUAUGUGGCGUCACAGAGCUCACCACAUGCCAGGAGGUGGUCAUCGCCCUGGCCCAGGCCAUUGGGCGUACUGGCAGGUACACGUUGAUCGAGAGAUGGCGGGAGACGGAACGUCACUUGGCCCCGCAUGAAAACCCUGUGGUGUCCCUCAACAUGUGGGGCCAGUAUGCCAGCGACGUGCAGCUGGUUCUCCAGCGCACCGGCCCCUCCCUCAGCGAAUGUCCCAACUCCGACGGUGCAUCCCGUGUGCCCGAGCGUGGCCUGUACCGCCAGAGCCUGCCGCCUCUGGCCAAGCUGCGCCCAUCGGCCAAUGACCGCUCGCUCAAGCGUCGGGAGCCCAAGCGUAAGUCCCUCACCUUCACGGCCAAGGGCUUGAGGGAUAUUUUUGGGAAGGGCAGAGAUGCCGAGGCCAAGCAGCAGCAGAGAGCACUGAACCAGGGCAGGGGGGUGGUGUCUGUGCCCCUCAGUCCAGCCCGGGAGCUGGUGCGCCUGGUCCAGCUGCAGAAGGACAAGCUCCAGCUACUGGAGAGCCGGCUGCAGGGCUCCGAGGCAGAGCUACACCGCUGUGAGAGCGGUGAUGUUGGCAUGUGCAUCGAGGGUCAGGAGGGCAUUGGCGUGCUGGAGGAGGAGCUGGUGCGCCUGGAGCAGCAGCUGCGGAGGAAUGAGGUGGAGAUGUCCGAGGAGGAGUUCUGGCAGAACGAGCUGCAGAUCGAGCAGGAGAGCGAGCGGCAGCUGAGGGAGCAGCUCCAGGAGCUGAUUGGACGGGUGCGGGAGUGUGAAGCCCGGCUGGGAGAGUACCUGACCCGUAUCCAGGGCAUGGAGGCUGGCCUGGAGCAGGAGACUGAGCAGAGCAGGCAGGUGGACGAGGAGGAGGCCUGGGCCCAGCUGGGGAAGGUCAGGGCGGAGCUGGAGCAGCAGGUCCAACACAGAGUGCAGCUGGAGAGCAGCUGCAGGGCUGUGGACCGCUCACUGGGACAGUCCAGCAAGAAACUACAGGAGAAGGAGCAGGAGUUGGAGCAGUUGACCAGGGAGCUGAGACAGGUGAACCUUCAGCAGUUCAUCCAUCAGACUGGCACCAAGGUCAGCGUUCUACCAGCCCAGCCCAAUGACCAGGAGAAUAACACAGACCUCCAAUCAGGCUUGCUGAAACGUCUGGGCUCCUCCCGCCUCCUCCCCGGCAACCUCCGAGCUCUGCAGAGUCCAGUGUCUUCAGGCUUCAACCCUGAGGGCAUCUACGUCUGACCCCUGACCUUUACCUUCUGCUGCCUACCAUCAGUGACCCUCUGCUGGAGUUGAGUCGGCUUCUCCCCUGGAGGAGCCAUCUCUCAUCUCCAUUGGAGCUCCACCAGAGGAGGCUGGUGGGAGGAGCUAUAGGAGGAAGGGCUCAAUGUAAUGGCUGGAAUGCAAUAAAUGUAAUGGUACCAAACACAUGGAAACAACCAUUACAAUGAGCACUUGCGCUGGCAGCUCAUCCCCUAGCCUCCUCUGAUCUCCACCCUGUCCUCCCACAAUGCCAUCCUUCCCCUUCUCUCUGCUGCGUUUCCUCCAUCUUCCAUAAGAACACACAGAGACCCCCAACAGUUUUGUCAAGACUAUAGGAUUUAGAAUGUUUGCCUCGUUUUGGCUGUUCUGCCACUGGUAGAUAGCUGGAGAGCUCGACCAUGUUCUUGCUAUGCUUUUGAAACAGUCUUGCAUCUUUUGAGGUACAGAAGGCCCAAUUUCAAACAGAACGUUUUAGCCUCACCUCUGUGCACUUCUCUAUUUCCUCUCAAAGACCUACAAGGACUGAGUAGAUGCGAGAAAUAUGGUAUUAACACCACCUAGCACUCUGUUACCUUCAUAUAGCAAGCUAAUGGACUAGUAAAGUGCACAAUCACAGCCAUGUGAUGACUUAACUAAAGAGUCCACUGCUGCCCCUGGCCAACCAUGAGGAAAUCCAGCUGUUUGUAGGGGUUGAGACUAAAGAAAGUCCCUUGGAGAUCAUGCGAUAUAGAGGAAAUUAAAAUAUCUUCAGACAACCAUGAUUUACAAAGACAGAGGUCUCAAAAGUCUAAUGGCCAUUUGUUAACGAAACAGAAUGGGUCAGAAAACCAUAUUUUACACAGGUAGGCCACCUUGUCUGAGACCUGUGGUGUGUAGCAGAGCCAUAUCUGACUGCCUUAAAGACUUUAAGAACAGUAAAGGCUGUUAUAACAGAUACUUAUAGUCAUGGCAGCUAUGCUCCAGAGAUCUGAUGCACCAUUUAUGGUCAACACAGCAGUCUAGUGACUCAUUGUUGAUCAGUUGUGUGAUUUUUAUUUUAUUUUUUUUUGUGACUGAUGUCAAUUGCUGUAUAAUCUGGUCUGCCACUGGGUGGCAGAAUACAUCUCAUAAAAUAUUUCGCUAGGAUCUUAAUAUUGGUCAUUUCAUAUUGAUUAUACUUGCAAAAAUAUUACAUUAUGCAAUUUAUGUGGUUAUUCACUUUCAUCAUUGGUAUCUUUUAGUAUGCUGUAAGUUUACCGUUGCACUUUUACUUUGGAAGGGCCUGUAGAAUUUGUACUUACCACUUAGUUUUUAGAGAUAAUGUCUUGUUUGUGUUGUGGUUUUCUUUUAUCAUUUGUAACCUUUUGAAUAAUUGUUGGUUUGUCUAGUCUUACAUGGCUAAUAAUUUUUCUGAAGUUAAAAAGAUGUCUCACAUGAACCAAAGCAAGUUAGACAAUGUGAUUGGUAGCGGUCAACCUGAAUGUACUUAAUUUGUUAAAACAGAACAUGCUCUGUAAAUGCCUUUACAGGGGCCACUGUAUCUGCCUCCACUUUAAAAGUGAUGCAUUUGUAAUGGAGAGAGUUAUUGGACUGUGAAUGUAUCUGUCAAUAGAUCGAACUCCACUCUGUGGUUCUUCAGCCUCGUAGAGAGAGGACUGUGUGAGAUAAAAGGUUGUUAUUUGGUUGUGGACUAGUUGGUGGGUUCCCUGGUAUCAACAGCAAAGCCGGUGGAGAGGACUGUGUGAGAUAAAAGGUUGUUAUUUGGUUGUGGACUAGUUGAUACCAGGGAAACCCACCAACAGCAAAGCCGGUGGACGCACGUCAAGGUCAUUAGACGGACCUAAAGCUCCUUCCAUUCAGUAUUAUUGAUGUCCUAGUUUGGAUCAUGAAGGGUUGAGCUGUGUCGCCAAAAUGUAACCCACUAACACAAGAACAAUGGCGCUUAACAACGUACACAGCAUAGACUAUUAGCAUGCCUUACUGAAUUGUAAAUAAUCACUACAUAGUAUUGGAAUAUUUUUACAAUAUUUAAAAGAAUGCAUAAUGCUGACAAAGACAAUAGUUGUACGUAAUAUGAAUUAACUUUGGUUUUAUCCUGCUACUCUGUGGACAGCUUGGUGCAUGCACUGAUGGCUUGGUUUCAGUGAUGUUUUUGUAUUGUUGAAAUGACCAGAGGCUUACGAUGAUAGUGGAGUUAUAAGUAUGGAAGUAUAAUAUUUAUCACAGUGUAUGUUACGGACUGCAUGGCUCUGUCUUCUACAGUGGCAUGUCUUGGUCCCAGAUCAGUGCAUUCACUCGAAUAUGUCAGAGGACACCGAAAUGCAAACUGUAAACAAAUAGGGUUUUUAAACCCUAAAAAGUGCCCCAUAUUUUGGUGGUUAUUAGACACAGCCUACAAAUAAAGGCCCAAAGUUGCAGGGUCGUUUCACAUCAAAAAACACAUGAGGAUUUCGACACCCACUAUCUCAGGUUUUUCUGAAAUUGUUUCUGUAGUGAGUAACAGAUACGAUUACCAUUCCUGAAACAUUAUUUUGAUUAAAUUAUAUUUCAAUAAAAUAAUGUUUUAGGAAUGCCAAUUUUACCUUGUUUCUAACAAACUAUUUCUGAACAAUCUGAGAUGGUGGGUGUCAUUGCUCGCUGAAAUGACAUGGAAUGACUGGACUGAAAUCUUUUAGGACUGUUUUUAAAUGUUGCACCAACUGAGUAUGGUGUUCUCAGAAGUCUUUUGGGCCUGUCUUCGUAAACAUGUCUAUAAUCAACGGUUUUCUAGACACAGAUUAAGGGCUGGAUUCAAUCUGUAGCGCUCUAGCGCAAUUGAAAUGUUUAUAUAAUUUUUGAUUGAGCCAACAUAUGCAGCGUUUACCAUGAAUGCUGUCUCCACGAACGCGGGAACAUUGCCUUUACAUUUCUAUUGUGCAGCAAAAGACAGUAACGAAGGCAUAAACUGCUUAUCCAAAAUAAAUACCUGCCCAGACUUGUAGGCGAUGUCACGGCAACGUUGGAAACACGUCAUCGGGUCUAACGGUCAUCUCGCACCGUACUGCACAUGCACAGGUCUCCAAAGGUCAAAAGGUAAUAACAUGUUCAAUUUCUUAAAAUAUUGUCUCGAAGCUAGGUUGUGGCUUUAAAUUGAGAACUAAUUCAUAAUUUUUCACUUCUCUCAUUGACUUCUCAAACCCCAGCCUGGUUUGCUUGGUCUGUUUCGCAAGCUUUCCCGAAAGUCUCUGGGUUUAGAAACUCUGUGUCGCAGCUCUUCAGCGAUACGGAUUAAAUCCGGCUUUAAACCUAGUUUUGGAUUGAGAAGGACGUUCAAUAGAGAAUCUCCCGUGAAUAAAGUUUAUAGUCUAGGACUAGGCUGACGAUAUGUCCGGGAAACCAGCCCAAAGAGUAAACGAUUGGAAGGAAGUUCUGCCAACAUUUCAGACGGAGCUGUCAAGUAUGAGAAUGACAUGUUCUACUUCUUUUUCCCCAUAAACAUCUGAGAGAAAUGACUUUGCCACAUCCAUGACAUCAUUGUAAUAAACUGAUAUUAUAUGAAAUGCUUAAUA